AUGCUCGGGAUCAUCUACCGAGACCUCAAACCCGAAAACGUUUUAGUUCGUGAAGACGGUCACAUAAUGCUUUCCGACUUCGAUCUCUCUUUACGAUGCGCCGUGAACCCAAAACUAGUCCGAUCAGCUAACCCAACCGUGGACCCCAAGAACUCCAACUACUGCAUCCAACCAUCUUGCGUGGUUCAACCCGCGUGCAUCCAACCCUCAUGUUUCGUCCCCCGAUUCAUGUCCAAAUCCAAAAAAGACAAAAAACCCAAACCCAAAUCCAAACCCAAAACCGAAAUCUACAAUCAAGUCUCACCACUCCCUGAGCUCAUCGCGGAGCCCACAAGCGCCCGCUCCAUGUCAUUCGUCGGGACCCACGAAUACUUAGCCCCGGAAAUCAUUAAAGGCGAAGGACACGGAAGCGCGGUUGACUGGUGGACUUUUGGAAUUUUUUUGUAUGAACUUUUAUACGGGAAAACACCGUUUAAAGGGAACGGAAACCGGGCUACGUUAUUUAAUGUAGUGGGGCAACCGUUGAGGUUUCCGGAUACUCCAGGGGUUAGUUUUGCAGCUAGGGAUUUGAUCAGGGGGUUAUUGGUAAAAGAGCCGCAGCAUAGAUUGGCUUAUAGAAGAGGGGCUACUGAGAUUAAACAACAUCCGUUUUUUCAAAGUGUGAAUUGGGCUUUGAUCCGGUGUGCUACACCGCCGGAUGUUCCUGGGCCGUCGAUGGAAAAUGGAGGGGUGGAUGUGAAGCCUUCGGGGAAUUACUUAGAAAUUGAUUUCUUUUGA